CUCGGCACGCUCGUCGUCUUGGUGUUCUCGGACCCCGUGACGGACGUGCUCACGGAGUUCGGCGACCGCACGGGCAUCAACGCCUUCUACGUGGGCUUCGUCGUGGCGCCGUUGAUCACGAACGGCUCGGAGCUGCUGGCCUCCUACACCUUCGCGCUGAAGAAGACGCAGAAGUCCAUGGUCGUCGCCUACGAGCAGCUCCUGGGCGCGGCGGUCAUGAACAACACGUACUGCCUCUUCAUCUUCCUCAUCCUCAUCUACGCCCAGGGCCUCUACUGGGACUACACGGCCGAGGUCAUCUCCAUCCUCUGCGCGGAGCUGGCCAUCUUCGCGGUCGUGACGACGAUCAAAGUCCACACGGUCACGACCGCGUGCCUCGUCCUCUCCUUCUACCCGCUGACGAUCCUCCUCGUCUGGAUGCUCGAG